CGGAACUCAUCCAGCUUUACCCAUAAUAUAUUUUAUUAUGGGAUGAAGCCUUCAUUGAAGGGAUGUUGACGACGCGAUGGAGGCUUUUUGGAGAUUGAUCAAAGAUUAUUCAUACACUACUGCAGUUUAUUACGCGAUUUUAUCUCUGAUUCUUUAUAUGUUUGUUGGAUUUCUUAAAAACUUGUCAAUAACACCAAAAGUCCCAAUAUCCGUCCAGAAAGUUUUGAUCAUCACUGCACAUCCAGAUGAUGAAUGCAUGUUCUUCUCACCAACCAUCCAGUCAUUUGUAAAUUCGGGACACUUUGUUCACGUUUUGUGUCUUUCUAAUGGAAAUUACUAUGGUCUGGGAAAAACCCGAUCACUGGAGUUAUUCAGCAGUUGUACAGCUUUAGGCGUUCCAUUAAGAAAUGUCCAUUUGUUUAACCACAGUGACUUGCAAGAUCAUCCUGCACACCCGUGGAAAACAAGAGAUGUUGAGAAAAUUAUCUUGCCAGUUAUGUACUACUUACAGCCCCACUUGGUCAUCACAUUUGAUAGUUACGGUGUAAGUGGACAUAGCAAUCACAUUUCAGUCAGUGAGGCUCUUCAGAGUUUAAGUAACAAAAGAAUUCUUCCUAACAAUAUGCGGGCAUUCCAGUUGCAAAGUACCGGUAUUCUUCGGAAAUAUGUCUCGAUUUUAGAUCUUCCUUUGACCCUCUUAACAUCCAAAUAUGUGGCUGUUGCUUCACCUUGGGGAUUACUGAAAGGAUGGUGGGCCAUGUUGAAUCACUGGAGCCAGUUUGUAUGGUUCAGGGCUCUGUAUAUUGUCUUCUCCAGAUACAUGUUGAUGAACACACUGGAGGAAAUUCUCCCUCAGGAAGUGUGUGUGUUAGACACAGAGGAGGAGUACCAACCAAAGGUACAACAAACCAAAGAGAACGGGACUCCCAAAUCAAAGAGAAGAAAACGCUGAGAAACCAAGGGGCUGGAGGGGGGGGGGGGGGGGGGGGGGGGGGGUUACAGCUAUCUUAUGUAUGGUUGAUGAUUUUCUUUAUGAAAAAAAUCAAAGGACUAUGAUAAAGGCUCUGCAGUAAAACAUGGUUAUAGCGAACCCCUAGGUCUAGUGAAAAACAGUUCAUUAUAACAGAACUUUAGUGAACCCCUAGGUCUAGUGAAAAACAGUUCAUUAUAACAGAACUUAUAGCGAACCCCUAGGUCUAGUGAAAAACAGUUCAUUAUAACAGAACUUUGUUCUAUCCAAUAAAAGUUUCAUUAUUUCCUCUCAUACGGGUAAUAAUAAGCGUGAAUUCACUUUAAGUGUGUUCGUUAUAAGCCUGUCUUACUGUUUAUACCCACUAAAAUUGACUGUUGUGCCUUUGUUUUAAAGUUAGGUGUAUUUUUACAAGAAUCCGGAUGCAACUCGUUUGUUAUUUUCUCAUUUUGUUACUUAUCAAAAUGACAUAAAAUUAUGGCUUCUUAUACAUGAUGUUUUGCUGCCAUUUAAAGUAAUUUGGCAGAAAAUCAACAUUCAUUACACACUUUUCUUCCAUAGAACACAAACUUUAUAUUCAUUCCACAGACUUAUCUUUUCAGUGGACUUAAGUGAUAGUAAUAUUUUAUUUGUCCAAAGCUGCACUGAUUUCUAAAAGAAGAACGUUCACUAAAGUUGAUAUUUUAACUAAAUUUUAGUAGAAUUUAGAAAUUGUCUCCCUUUGAUAGUAUGUUCUCCAAAUGAUUGUAAACAUGAGUGACAAUUUUUUUUUUUUUUUUUUUUUUUUUUUUUUUUGAAAUGAAUAUGAUCUCUUUUAUUGAGUGACUGCAGAUUUAGUACAUGUAUAUUUUUUUUACGCUUGGAAAAUUUGAGUUUUAUGGAGGCUCUGAAAGGCUGUUAUCAUACAUGUAGAUGUUCAUUUAUUCGUAAUUAAAUUUGUCUCAAAUUUUGUGAAAAGGUAGGUUUGGGUAAAAAUUCUGUUGAACUGUGAUGAAAAUUUAUUUUUAAUGUACAACUGGAAAGAAGAUAGGCAUGUUCUGUGAGGGGAAUUUUUUCAAAGAAAUACUUGUGUGCUAUAUUUUAAAUCAGAAUGUUUAGGAGUUGACAGUGACAGAAAAAAUGUACUUCAUAGUUUUUUUUUCCUCAUAAAUAUUGGUUUUACUUUAGAAAUAGAUUUCAUUUUUGAAAAUACAUGAGGGUAUGAGCUGCAAGGCUUUAUGCUGGUAUACAUAUAAUUCAUGAAGCCUGAUGGCGCUUCAUGAAAAUUAUACCGACCUUAAGUAAAGUAUUGCAAUUCAUGCCCAAGCUCAUGUACUUUCAAAAAUUUAUUAUUUUACAUUCUACUUUUAGUCCUAUCAGAAUUCCCGGGCGUUAAAGAUAAAUGUACCAUAUCAUGAUACUCAUUGUUCACUCUUCAACACAUUCAUAAGGAAAUGGCUAUCAUUACAAUUUGUACAGAUAUCAAAGACAAAAAUAUUGGAUAUGUAAAUCUAGUAAAAUGUCAGGCAGCAUUUUAUAAUGUACUUGUUGUUUGACUGCGUGAAUCUGUUAUCCCGCCUGAAUGUGUUGUGUCUGACUCCAUUAAGGAAUUUCUUUUACUUCCAACUGUCUUAGAUGCCUCAGUAUUGUCUAUCCAGGUGCAACUCUUGCUCAUUUUCAGUAUUUUAAGUUUUUUAAGUCACUUAUGUUUCAACACUUAAAAGAAUCAAAUCACUUGUAUCGUGUAAUGAUUGAAAUUUACAUUUCGAGUGACUGUCAGCAAAAUCUAGGAUGGACAUGUCAUUUUCAAUCAUACAGUGGUCAACUCUUUGGACACGAGCAGUCAAAAAGGACUAAUGUUUUGCUUGACAAAAGUGACACAAAAUCAGGACAGACAGUACGUUUGUCAAACAGUGUAUACCCAAAAUUCACAAUGUACAGUACGCAGUAUGAUCAUUACUUUACAGCAAUCGUUAUUUCUCAAUGACUAAGUAUUCUGCAUAAUAAUUGAUACAAGACUGGAAAUGAUAUUUAGUGCAGCAAUGAUUAAAAUCACCCACCUACCCCCUUCUCUUUGUGGACACCUUUAUACAAAUUACCCAUACUUUAUAAUUCCCAUAAUGCAAACAAUCUAGAUAUUUAUUCCUUAUAAAAUGUUUAUAUUAGUGCAAUAUUUUUUAUUCCUUAUUGUUUAGCUGGUGAAGUGUUGUGUGUUUUUAUAACUGAUUGUGGGUGCUUGGAUACAUUAAAUUUAUUUUACAGUACAUUAUUAUUGAUAUUAUAAGUUGUGUAUGUGUUUUUGUAUACAUAUUGCUUUUCCGAUAAAACUAUUCCACCAUAUGCCACCCUAUGCCACUAAUGAAUUAAUACGUGUAGUCAGAACUGGAUAGUAUUCAAAAUAAAUGAUACAUUUUUUGAAUAGAUUAUUGUAUUAUUUUCAGCAUUUUUAUUGGUAUACAAUUUUUUCUAGUCCUUAAUUUCAUCAAGUCAGAAAGGUCGCAUUGAAUAAUGUGUUUUUCAUUCCAUUUUGAUACAGUUCAGCAAGAAAAGGUAUUCAUUUUAAAUGGUCCUGUAAUUUCAGAUUCUAGUACAUUGUACUUACAUGUGUUCCAGUGAUUAUUUAACUAAUUAUACAUACAAAGGUAUAUUUAUUCUGUGAUAAUGUACACGACAUAUCAUUUCCAUAUUCUGCGUGGUGGAGGAUACAUUGGAUGGCUACCUGCUAAUAGUGUAGUGCAUGUUCAUCAGUAAUUGAUAUUGUCUUUCAGUAGAGACCACCGUAUAUUUAAUAGCAUUAUUUAAGUCUUGCAAAGUUUAUAUCAAUAAAUUUUUAAAUCACAA